AUGUCCGGUCGUCAAGGUGGUAAGGCCAAGCCUUUGAAGCAAAAGAAGAAGCAACAGCAUGACGAUGAUCCAGAGGAAGCUGCUUUCAAAGAGAAGCAAAGACAAGAUGCUGCUGCUAAGAAGGCCUUCUUGGCCAAUGUUAAGUCUGGUAAACCACUAGUCGGUGGCGGUAUCAAGAAAUCUGGUAAGAAAUAG